GUGCCGCAGUCUCCGUAGAGCAGCCCAGACUUCCCGGUCCCUGGCCACCUUUUCCACCAGUGGAACACAGAGGAAUUCUAAAGUGAUAAUCCCACCAGCGAGUCAUAGGUCUGCCCCGGGGGCAUUCCAGGAACACCUCACCAGGGAACCAGGGAGGCGUUCAGUAGGCAAUUUGAAGGAGCAGCACCUCUACUCUAAGCUCUUCCUGGAUGACCAAGCUCUUAGGGUGCGUCUAACCACCCUACGGAGUAAACUCAUUUCAGCUGCUUGUGUCUACGAUCUUGGUCUUUUGUUCACUACCCAAAGCUCACGACCAUAAGUGAGGGUAGGAACGUAGACCAACCGGUAAAUUGAAAGCUUUGCCUUCCGUCUCAGCUCUCUCAUCACCAUAACGGUCCGAUCUGCCUGUCGAUCUCACACUUAAGCCUUUCCUCGCUCUUGAACAAGAUCGCAAGAUACUUGAAGGCCUCCACCUGAGGCAAGAUCUCACUCUCAACUGGAAGGGUACAAUCCGCCCUUUUCCCGUUGAGAAGCAUGUCCUCAGAUUUGGAGUUGUAGAGUUUCAUCCCAGAAGCUUCACACUCAGCUUCUAACCACCCCAGUAAACACUGCGGUCACUCUUCCUGGAAAGGGUUACCACCACCCCGGUCUGCCAAUCCAAAUUUACCGUUCCACACUUCCACAUAAUGGAACAACCAAGACAGUCCUACAAAAUCCAGUGCCUUGAAGAAUUCAGGGCGAAACUCUUACACCCCGGAGCUUUGCCACUGAGGUGUUUUUUCACUACCUUAGACACCUCAGCCACAGUGAUGUGCAGGCCCCCCUACUGAGGCGUCAGUGUGCCUGCCAGAACCUUUUCAAAGCCAACCGAAAAUCGUGGUCCACGGACUCACCAAACUCCUCACACACUUUGACCCAGUGUGUUUUUGCUUUGACCCAGCUUUGCCUUCUGGUACCUGUUAGCUGCUUCAGGAGUCCCACAAGCCAUCCUUGCUCUCAGUAAGACUCCUUCAGCUUGACGGCUUCACUAACCUCUGUGUCGAACAUUGGGUUCUGCCAGUAGAUCUACGGAGUCACCAGCACGGGGGUUCUCUCUAGCACCCCUCUGAUGGACUCCAAGAUGGCUGGGUACUCUGAGCUGCCAUUUAGUGGCUAUGCACAAACGACAGUCAGGAUCCUUUCCUGGACUCUAAGGCAUAUAGAAAUAACCCUCUUGUCUCGUUCACUGGGGAUGACUCCCAACAAAUAGGCACCGGGGGGGCUAUAAAUAAGCCCACACCAGCUCGCCGGCUCACCCGUGCAGCAACUCCAGAGUAGAACAAGGUCCAGACCCUCUCCAGGAGUUUGGGUACAGAGGCCAAACUGGGGGUUGAGGUGAGUUUGACUAGUCAGAAUGUCGCAAAUCUCUCGCACAAUCUCAGUCCCCUUCCUGCAGGGAGGCGAUGUUCCAUUUAACCAUACUACUAUUAAAUAUUAAAAUUUGACUGACUUACUAUGUUUCUUGACUUAAUUCAUAUGCUCUGAAACUAUUGCUAAUCAUCAGCCUUAAGGAUGCUAUGGAAAGCCUGGCGUGACAAAUUUGUCCCAAUAGCAAAAAUGCUAAUAAGACAGUUCAUACAUUUCACAGUUUGUUAUUUUGAAUAUAUUCCAUAUUGAAUUCAAAGCACAUUUGUGGUAUUAUGCACAAAAACAACCCGAAGUGUCAUCUCCCAUCUGGGCUAAGCCCCGGAUGUGCUGCCAUCCUAAAUCCGCCCCUGCUGGGUGCAGAUGCUGCUGAAGAGCAAACGGCAAACCUUCCAUCCACACUUGCUCUCUCACUUUCUCCGCAAAGAAAUGCAGACGAGACAGAAAGGAUCUCCUACACCAAACGUAGAUCGUAUCGCAUGACUUUCCAACUACUAUGCGCUGUUUUGCAAGGAUUUUGCUAUUAUUUUUGUGCCUGCUUGUAAUUGGGGACUGUCGGAGACAAAAAAGCAGGAAAAAACGAUGGCCGACGGAGAAUCACACGUUGGGCACUCCAAAGUCAAAGAAAGCCGCAGAUGGAACCAAAACCCGGAGGGUGAAGAGCGUCCACCUUCUCCAAAUUGAUGAUCAUGACUUCACCAUGAGACCUGCCUUUGCAGGUCCAGCCGUUCCUGUCGGCGUGGACGUUCAGGUGGAGAGCUUGGACAGCAUAUCAGAAGUAGAUAUGGACUUUACCAUGACCCUGUAUCUGAGGCACUACUGGAAGGAUGAGAGAUUGGCCUUCUCCAGUUCCACCAACAAGAGCAUGACCUUUGACGGGCGCCUGGUCAAAAAAAUCUGGGUGCCUGACGUGUUCUUUGUCCACUCCAAGAGGUCCUUCAUUCACGACACCACCACGGAGAACAUCAUGCUGCGCGUCUUUCCUGACGGUCAUGUCCUCUACAGCCUGAGGGUUACAGUGACGGCCGCAUGCAACAUGGAUUUCAGUCGUUUUCCUUUGGAUUCACAGACAUGUUCCCUGGAGCUGGAGAGCUACGCUUACACAGAUGAGGACCUGAUGCUGUAUUGGAAAAGCGGCGAUGAGUCCCUGAGUACCGAUGACAGGAUUUCUCUGUCUCAGUUCCUCAUCCAGAAGUUUCACACGACCUCCAGAUUAGCUUACUACAGCAGCACAGGCUGGUACAACCGCCUGUACAUCAACUUCACGUUGCGGCGUUACAUCUUCUUUUUCCUGCUGCAGACGUACUUUCCCGCCACGCUCAUGGUCAUGUUGUCCUGGGUGUCCUUCUGGAUUGACCGCAGGGCCGUCCCUGCUCGGGUGUCACUAGGUAUAACCACAGUGCUGACCAUGUCCACCAUCAUCACUGGGGUCAAUGCGUCCAUGCCCAGGGUGUCCUACAUCAAAGCUGUGGAUAUUUACCUCUGGGUCAGUUUUGUCUUUGUCUUCCUGUCCGUCCUUCAAUAUGCUGCCGUCAACUACCUGACAACGGUAAGGGACGGCAAGGACCGAAAGCUCCGGGAAACGGCGCAAGAACAGACGCUGCCCUGCACCUGUGGCAUGCCCCAUGCAAAGACAAUGAUGAUGGAUGGGACGUAUAGUGAUGCCAAUAGCCUGGCAGGGUACACCAGGGCCUCCAUGGCAGUUGAGGACGCAGAAGACAAACACGAGCAGAUGAUGGUGCAUCUUUCCCUGGACGAGUCCACAUUAAGCAAGCGGAAGAGUGUCCGCAAUUUCCGGAUAAUCCAGAACACCCACGCCAUUGACACCUACUCUCGCAUCAUCUUCCCUGGUGCCUACACCCUUUUUAACCUCAUAUAUUGGUGUGUGUACUGCUGAAAGACUGGAUCUUUUGCGAUGCGACACAACAUAUACGAUAUCUAGAGCAGAUAUUUGUUCCCAUUUACAGUAUGACCAGUGAAGAGUAUGGCGUCACCACUAAUAAUCGACUGGACUGUUUGCACAAGUCUCUUGGGAAAAAACGAAUAAAAUAAAUAAAUAAAUAAAUAAAAUUUGCUUGUGGGAUCGUCCGAUUUCGUUGGUACUUCCAUGUCAUUGUAGAGUGGGAUCCCUUCACAGUCACCAUUCACAGCCAUGCAAAAUCAGAUUUUUGGUUUUCUGGCAAACCGUCCGCCGCCUCAGAAAGGGGAAGCAGUGCCCUGUCCUGGCCUGCUGACCUCAACUGAGGAUAUAAACGGACGGUGGAAGGAAUACUUCAAGGCCCUUCUCAAUCGCACCUUGCAUACCUUGCGUAGAGGAAGCAGAGUCUGAGGUAUCCGAGGUUGUUCAAAAACUCCUCAGUGGCAACGCUCCAGGGGUGGACAGGUUUCACCCUGAAUUCUUCAAGGCUCUGGAUGUUGUGGAUGUUUUGGUCACAAGUCUCUUCAACAUUGCGUGCAAGUCCGGAACAAUACCUUUGGAGUGGCAGACUUGGGUGGUGACCACAGGGUGUAUUCCAACUACAGGGGGAUCACACUCCUCAGCUUCCCUGGGGUAGAAGGGUACGACUGUCAGUCGAACCUUAUCUACAGGAAGCGCAAUGUGUUUUUCAUCCUGGUCGUGGAACACUACUGAACCAGCACUACAACCAACCACAUGUGGGCUGGGAAAGGGCAUUGCACUGCCAAUGCCCUUUGUCAUUGAUGCGGUUCAUAAUCAUGGGAUCUCAUCUCUGCUAUGCACAGAUGAUGUGGUCCUGAUGGCCUCAUCAGGCUGGGGGGGACUGCUUCUGGGAUGAGACUCAGCACCUCCAAAUCUGAGGCUAUGGUUCUCAGCCGGAAAAGGGUGGAUUGCACUCAUUGGGUUGGGAAUGCGGUCUUGCCCUCGGUGGAGGAGUUCAAGUAUCUCGGAGUCUUGUUCACGAUUGGGGGAAGGCUAGAGAGUAAGAUCGACAGGUGGAUCACCACAGCAUCUACAGUAAUGCGGCCGCUGUGCUAGAUAGACCUUGGUGAAGAGAAGGCUGAGCUGGAAGGCAAAGCUCUCGAUUUACCAGUUGAUCUACGUUCCCACCCUCACGUAUGGUCAUGACUUUGGGUCGUGACCGAAAGAGCCAGAUAGCAGAUAUAAGCUGACAAAAUGAGUUUCCUCGGAAAGGUAAGGUGAGGAACUCUGGGAGGAGAUCAGAGUAGAGCCGGUGGUCCUUCGCAGGUGGCUUUUGCAGUUGAGGUAGCUCAAAUGCCUCCCUGGUGAGGUGUUCCGGGCAUGCCCAGUUGGGAGGAGGCCCCCGGGCAGACCUAGGACACACUGGAGGGAUUAUUUCCCACAGUGGGCCUGGGAACACUCAGUCUCUCCCUAGUGGAACUGGAAGAGGAGGCCGAGGACCGGGAAGUCUGGACUUCCCUAGUGAGACCACUGCCUCCACGACCCGGACCCGGACAAGAGGAAGAAAACCGAUAUAUGGAUUUACGGUAAUUUCCUUAUUUUCCUAGAAAAUUCCCCAUAUUUUGUAAAGCAAAUGUUGAAAGGUAUGCAUUCGCUCCAACGCAUUCUGAUUUCUGCUUUAAAUAAUUUGUAUUUUUACGGUAACUUAAAACUUGUGUCUGAGUAUGCUCACAAAUGAUGUCUAUUUUUGCCGAUUUCCCCAACAUCACAAGUUUCUUCUCAAAUAAUCGUAUUAUGUCUUUAUUUUUCGAUUAUAACUUUUUCCCCCCAACCUAAUUUUCCAAAAAUGACAGCUUUGUUUUGUUUUAUUUCUCAUAAUUCCGACUUUAAUUUAAAAACAUGUAUUUUGUUCUCUAAUAUUUCAACUCCAUGCUAUUAAAAUGACAUUAUUUUUCCUCUUAAUAUUACAAGUUUAUUUUCGUAAAAUUGCAACUUUUUCUCCUGAGAAUACAACCUUUCUCUCUUGAUAUUUUGACUUUAGUUUCCUAAAAAAUAAUUACAUUUCUGCUGUUGGUUUUUUAAAUUUUCCAAAUAUUUCAACUUUCUUCUUAUGACUUUAUUCUCGUAACAUUGGGACUUUUUCUGCAACAUAAUUUUCCAAAAAGGAUAAGCGGCAUUUUCCAAAAAUUACAACUUCAUUUGUUGUUUUGUUUUUCAAAAUAUUCUGACUUAAAAUUAAUAACACCUUUCUUUAAUAUUUCAACUUUAUGCCAGUAAAAUGACUGAUUUUUUUCCUCAUAAUAUUACGUAAUGCUUGUAAAAUUACAACUUUUUUUCCUCUAAUUUUGUAUAACUUCUUAGCAGAUUGUUACAAAAUAUCCAAGUGACCCUUGCAUCCUUUCAUUUUUCAAUAUGUAUGGAAAAAGUUAGGCCGCAUUCCAAAAACAUGCACGUUAGCUUAACUGGCAACUCUAGGAAAUUGUCCAUAGGUAUGAAUGUGAGAGUGAAUGCUUGUUUGUCUAUAUGUGCCCUGUGAUUGGCUGGUGAGCAGUCCAGGGUGUACCCCGCCUCUCGCCCAAAGUCAGCUGGCAUAGGCACCAGCACACCCGUGACCCUAGUGAGGAUAAGCGGCAUGGAAGAUGGAUGGAUGGGAUGGAAAAAGAUUGGACACCCUUGGCUUGUAUGGAAAUUCUAAAGAGAAACAAACUCCAAAGACUCUUUAGCCUGCCCCCUUCCCCCAGACAUCUUGAUCAAUGAUUUGACCCAAGAAUUUUAUCUUGCUUUGGUUGUCGUUCAGCGUCACAUGUUCGGCCUUCCAGCCUCUCAUCAUGCUCUGUUUGCCUCCUUCCCCAGAUGAGCACAUCGUCCAUCUGGCACUCGGUGCCUUCCAGGCCUUCCAGGAUGCGCCACAUGCGUUUCUGGAAAUGCUGAACAUAAGACGUUUCUGGCGUCAUACAGGAAGAUUCUGUUGAUAACGAGAUCUGCCACAAUCCUGCACUGGCAUCUAACUUUGAGAAGACAUUGGUGCCAAGAAGCUCACCUGGUGUCCCCGUUACUAACGCCGUUAUUGUUUUCCAGUUACGGGUAAUCGAAUUACUUUGCUUUUAUCGUUACGUACAGGGAAAUGUGGCGUGUUAUUAUUAUGCACUGAUAUCGAGAUCGACUGAUAUCGGCUACUACACAGGAAGCUAAAUAAUCAGGGCUACAGACUGGUCACAUUGUGCAACCAAAAUAUGAGACAUUGUGAGUGAAUUUCUCAUGUACUCAUGCAUGUCCCGUAUUGAGUUUACCAGUUGGUCCUCAUUACCGUGAGACUGAAAUAUAGUCUGUAAAAUGUGUAGUCAAUUGACGGCUAAGCGUGUGUGAUUACUCCCGUUUGAUUGACGUCCGAUUAUUCUAUCAUCUUUGUUUACACAUUUUGCCUGGCUCCGCUGUCUCUCUGGUGGCAGCUAGCUUAUCCGCCCAGUCUCUGGUCCACAAACGUCAUAUGUGACUGUUUGCCUACUUCUAUGCCACUUUUCCUCACUAGGGUCGCAGGGGUACACCCUGGACUGGUCGCUAGUCAAGCACAGAGCGCGUAACUACGGACAAUUUAUGCAUGUUUUUGGGGCAAACUCCACACAGAGAUGUCCAACAGAGAUUCAAACCCAGAUCUUCUGUGUGGCCAACAUGCUAACCACUAGGUCACCGUGUGCCUAGUCACUGGUCAACUGGCCCUUUAAGGAGAAAUAAACUGUGGGAAGUUGAGUGUCUCUUCCCUCGCUCGUCUGUUCGCACUGCCCAUUGAUUUCUGCGCCCUGAUUGGCUGUAGACCAUUGUCAAUCAAUCUCCUUCGUGUCUCCUGUGUCAUCGCUAGCUUGUAAAUGAAUCUUCGGUUGGAAGGAGGAGCAGGACUGGAGCAGUAUGUUUUAAUAAUGAUACAAAAAUGCUACAAUACAGCAGGACGACGCGAGGACGAAAAGGCACGGUUACAGCAUAAAAAAAAUACGUGUGAGUGACUUAAGUGUAGGUUGAUCAUUAAAAUUGGACGCCAUGGAUUUCACUUAAUUCGGGCUAUUUUGGGAACCUAUCCCCCGCGAUAAACAAGGGAACACCCUUUAAUUUUAUUCUGUUGUGUUAUUUUUAACUGAAAAAAUAUUAAAACAAAGAACUUCCCAUGUAUUAGUAUUACUCUAAAACAGGCAUCAAAUUAAAUUCAGGUUUGUGUCAAGUAGUACAUUUCUUUCACACAUUUAAAAGGCAAAAAGAGUCGGGUUGGUUGGCCCUGCCAACAAGUUGCCCAUUUUAUUUUGUUCUUGAACAUUUUUUCCUUGCUGAAAAACUUGUGCUCCCCCUUUUUCUGCAUGUGCUCCUAAAAUUUGAAGUGAGGGGCCACUGUGCUGGUCAACAAGUGUUUAAAUACUGCCUCCUUGUGUUUUGGUAGAGAACUGCAAGCUAAACCCCAAUUCUUUUACAUAUUUGAAUGUUAUUCCAAAAAGGUUCAUGCAGUAAUUACCUACCCUGGUAACUAAUUACAUUUAUGAAGGAGUCAUUCCCUUACUGAUUGAAUUACUGUUUUGGAAAGUAACUAUAAAUAACUUUAGUAGCCAUUUUUAGGGCAUUUGGAGAGUCCCUCGUUUCUGGCGGUUAAUUGGACCCCACCGUGAUAAGUGAAUUUCCGCAAAGUAGGAUUCCUUAUUUGUAAAUGGAGUGUUUUCGUGGAGCUAAAUAUGGUUUUUAACAUUAGAACCUUCUAGACAUGAAAUAACACCCCUAUUACCCAAUAUAGUAGACAUAACAGGAAAUAAGACACUUAAGACAUAUAUAAGACUCACGGUCGUGGUACUAUGUGUUCCCCAGGGGAGCUGAGUGAGUGGCAGUUAGGAAGUGAUGUUGGGGUUUCAGAGUUGUUUCCUCUUAGUAGCCCACAUUUUUAUUGGGGAUUAUUGUGCCUGUUAGAUGAUAAUUCAAACAUUCUCCAAUAAAAGCCUGUUGUUCCGGUGACCAGUGUGGAAUACAACAUAUCACAAUGUCUUUGAAUGCAUCUUCUGAAUGCCUUAUGUUUGCAUUUUACUUCAUUUAACCAUUUUUAUGCUUAACACUGCGUCAUUUAGGCAAAAAAUACUAACAUUUGCUUCAAUAUGCAUAUGAUUUCACUAAUAGGCCGUAUUCAACCACGAAACAGCAUGUUUUUUUUUCAAAUUAAAGCAUGCUAGAGUGAAGCCACCAAAUUGGAACCGCAAUGCGGUGAGGGAUUGCUGUGUAUACAACCAGGAGGGGGUGGAAAAAAAAAAAAAAUACAGAACAUCUUCCACUUAUGGCUGCCACAUGUCCACAGAUACGUUCUUUAAGCAGCCAUUGUGCUGUGGUGUAAUGUUUUAUUGCUUUGUCUAAUGAAUAAUGUAAAAUUUCUUUUAAUACACAGCAAAAUAUGGCAGAUCGAGCUGUAAACAAAACUACAAUGGUCCAAAUUAAACAACAAAACAAAACAAGAAAAGCGACAUUAAAUAUCCAUAAGGAAUCAUUACUACCACUAGAAUGGCAUCUAAAAGAGCAAAAACUAUAUACACGUCAAAUUGAAAAGUCCUUCGGGUUGAUUUUUUACUUGUGUUCAAGUCACGAGCUGCAAAUACUGGCGCCAUUAACUUAAGUUUGCAUGCUGUCACGGUAUAAACGUCAUUAUUGACAUUAAAGCUUCAACAGGAGAAAAACUCACCGAGGUGGCAGCAACACUACAAGAGAAUGUGUUCCGAAAAAUACAAAUAAUGCCACUAAAACUAAAUCAUGCGGCGGAAGACAUGUUCAUCAUCAUCAUUGUAGAUGGUACCCUCCGACAAGUGGGAGCAGAGUGGGCGGAGCUACAAGAUUGCAAGUGACUUUGAGGCUCUAAAUCCAAAUCAAAUACACCAAGGAAUAAAAAAAAAAAAAAAACUCAAGUCAAACGCUACACAUCUAUAAAAUUCCUAUAGGAAGGCUUCCCGAGAAAAACAAAACAAAAAAAAAACUUGUGAGUCCUGAGUAAGGUGUGGUUGCACAGUACAGCUUAUUUCCAUCCCAUCCUUCACAAUAUACAUAAGCAGUAUCAUCACAUUAUACGCAGUCAUUGAAAACAAGCCAAAAUGGUGUUUAAAAAAAAAAAAUCAAUACACUUUUGAUCAAAAUGUUGAGAACAGUUGAAAAAUUGCAAGAAUUUAAUUUUGCACUGUUGGAUCUUGAAGUUCUGAGUAGAGCUUCAAAAUGCAAAAAGAAGAAAUGGGAGAAAUGUGAACAUUUUUAAAUUUCCUUCAUCAUCCAUUAAAGAAGACCUUACCCUCUUAGUGUUUUAGCCAAAACAAGAUUUUCAUACAUAUCAGCUUUGACUUUGGAAAACAGUGAUGGACCAAAUGAAUGAGUCCAUUAAUUGAAACAAGCUUCAGAUUAAUCGACUAAGAAAAUGAUCAUGAUUGGAUUUUUGUGUACACUUAUUGUUUUACUGAUUUAGAUUUUAUUUAUUAUUUAACAUUAUUUUAACAGAAUAUUCAAGUGUCCAAUAACCAUCAGACGGCAUCUACAAGAGGAGGCUUUUAAGAAGAAAAAAAUGUCUCCAAAGGCCUCGUCUCCUUCAAUGCCACACAAUUGCCCAUUUGGAAUUUGCAUGAGAGCACCAAACAUGGCACUUUUUAUUCUCUGACGGGAAAAAAUGUAACCUUGACAGUCCUGUAACUUCAAACGUUACUGGCAUGACAAGGAGAACCCACCUGAGAUGUUUUCCACACGGCACAGUGGAGGGAGCACCAUCAUGAUCUGGGUUGCUUUUUCCUUCAAUGGAACAAUGGAGCUUCAGGUUGUGCAGGGGCGUCAAACGGCAACUGGCUGUGUGGAGAUGUUGCAGGGGGCAUCCCUCAUGACUGAAGGCCCUCGUCUGGGGGUUAAUGAUUGGCUUUUUCAAAAGGACAAUGCUGCAUUUCACAAUAACCGCCUGACAAAGGACUUCUUCCAGAGGAAUAACUUCACUUUGUGAGUGCGUGUUCUCCUGAACUAAAUCCAAUUGAGAACAUUUGGGGAUGAAUGGCAAGGUAAGUUUACAAAAAUGGACAUCAGUUCCAGACAAUGGAUACCCUCUGUAAAGCCAUCUUCACCAGCUGGAGCAACAUUCCACUAGGAAACCAAUUUUUCAUGAGAUGAACAACAAUGGUACAGUUACUCAUUACGGAGUCGUUCUUUUGAACAUUUUAUUUCUAUUUUAGCGGUUUGGUCUUAACUUUUGAUCAGCCUAUUUCACGUUAAUGCUUGUUAGCAUUAAAUUGCUUACUCAAUUUUUUUUUUU